UCCUGGACAGGCCAGCAGCACAAUGACGCCGGACACUGACUGACAGAUAAACAAACCCCGUCUUCUCUGCAUGUCUCUCUCUCUGUCUCUCUCUCUCUCUGGAGCUUUACCAACUACCGUUAUCAGUCUGAGUGUUUGCGCACAGCUCGUUUUAAAGCAGAUAAAAGCACCUUGAUGUACGGUGUCCGUUGAUAAGACGUUAAAUAAAGAGUCCGCCGGGAGUGACCCGGUGUGAUAACUGCAUGCUGCAUGUCUCGAUAACCAUCCAUCACCCACCUCCUGCUCUUCCUUCUCAUUUCUGAUGGCUUUCUAUAGAAAAUGAAUACGUCUCGUCGUUUCUUUGCAUGUUGUGCUGUGAGUGUGUCAUCAUGAGGAAAGACAGGGAUAACCCUCUGGCACUGUCCUCCAACAAACCAUGCCAGGGCCAGACGGACUACAAACCAGAGCUGGAGAGGUUGCGUGCUGAGUUGGAAGCAGAGAAGACCCAAACACAGCGGGUGCGUGGACACCUCUGUCUGGAGCUGAGGCACCUGCGGGAAAAAGCAGAGAGGGAUCAGCAGAGGACCGUGAGGGAGCUGACGGCCAGGCGAGGGUGCCAAAAGGACAGGCGCUGCAACAGUCUGCUCGCUAAGCAGGUGAAUGUUAAAGACAGUGGACGGUACGGUGAGGUGGAGCCCUCGGGGAAAGAGGCUUUUUGUUUGUGCAGUGGAGAAACGUAUACAAAGCUGGAGCAGUUGCUGCUGACGCUGAAUGAGAGGAUAAAUGGUGAGCAGGCAGUCUAUAAAUUGCAUCACAGGCAGGAAUUGGAGCUAGAAAAAGCCAUCUUCCUCUGCCACCUGCUAGAGGCCCACGGAAGACUCUUGCAGGGGAGGCCGAGAGCAGGACACUCCAGUUACAUUUUUAACCAUCUCUCAAGGAAGCCAACGCCGGAAGACAGCAGUAACUUCUGUCAGACCUCCUCCAGGGCCCUGCUGCACAGAUCCCACAGUGGCUCCAGCUCACCUAAGAAGAAACCCAAACAAGAUCAGCGACAGCAGCCUUCAGGGAGGGCCCUCCGUGCAGCUGACCCCUGCACCACCACUGCAGUCGUGGACACCUGUCGGAGCAGCUCUCUGAAAAUUUGUCACCCCCACGGCGCUCCCCAUGCAGGCUGGGACGUCCAGCCCACCUGCUGCGCUGAGUCGUCCGGGUCAGACGAGUCGCCGCCCUCCAGAAACAUGGAGAAUGGUACCGACUACGGCUUCCUGGUGCGUCAGAACUCGGAGCUCUUGCGAGCCCUCGAUGAGCUGGAGAAGACUUGUACCACACUGAGGGAGGAGAAUGGCCUGCUGCGGAAGAGCAGCGCCCCAGAGACCGAGGAGAAGGUCAGGCGACUGAGGAGAAAGAACACAGAGCUGGCUGUUCUCGCUAAGAGGCUGGAGGAGAGGGCACGGAAACUGCAGGAGGCCAACCUCAGAGUGGUGAAUUCCCCGUCACUGAUGAGACCCGGCUCAGUUGAACAGUACAAAAGGGCGUUUGCCCGUCAGCGAGCUCGUGACCUUGCCCAACACGCCGAUGCCCUGCUGUCUAAGGACAAAGAGAUUGCUGCUCUACAGCAAGAGUGCCGAGAGCUGGAGGCACGGCUGGGCACCGCUAAGGGCUCCCCUGUUCCAUCUGGCAGGCUGGAAUUCGAGAGGCUCCUCAGGGAGUCUCAGAGGGAGGUGCUGCGCCUUCAGAGGCAGCUGUCGGUCACAUCAUCAUCCAGACAGCAACACAACCACAGUCCCGACCCCGGCGGGUCGGAGAAGUGUGAGGGAACUGAGGAGAAGGAGGAGCAGGAAGAGGAGAAGGAGGAGGAGAUGAAGGUUGUAGGAGAGACCCCGUGUGUGGUAUUAGAUGAAGCUCCAUCCAGGUGUGAGAAGACUCCCGGAGAGGAGGAGGAGUCGGGGCUCCGAGUGACGCCCCAACCGGGCCUUAGCCCGACCCCCUCCCAUCAGGAGGAACACACAGAGGAGCAGCGCCUACAGUUUCUGGAAAGUGAGCUGAGCAAGAAGAGAAAAGAAUGUGAAAACCUCGAACAUGAAGUAAAGAAGCGACAGAAGAGAUGUCUGGAUUUGGAGAGCCAGCUUGAGGAUGAGCGAGGCAAAAAUGAGCAACUAAAGGAGGAGGCAGAUCUCCUCAGGAGGAAGGCACAGCUGCUCGACCAGACUCGGGCUGAGAAUGAGGAGCUGAGGGAAGAUCUCUCUGAAGUGACCGCUCAACACAAUUCAGUUCUCGAGGAGAACCAGAGACUCCGUGCCAAACUGGAGAACCUAGAGCAGGUCCUAAAGCAUAUGCGAGAGGUCGCCGAGCGAAGGCAGCAGCUGGAAUUGGAACAUGAGCAGGCACUGGCUAUCCUUAAGUUCAAACAGGAUGAAAUCAAACGGUUACAGCGGGCUCAGUUAUUCGCCAAGAGGGAGCAUGAGGGAGUGGUUCAGAUGCUUGAGGAGUUGACUCAGCUUGUGUUGCAGAGGGAGCUGUCAAAGGUACGAGAUCUGGAAGAGAAAUGUCGCAGCCAGAGCGAACAGUUUGGCUUGCUGUCCCAAGAGUUGGAGAAGUUUCGACUGCAGGCCUCGAAGGUGGACCUGGCCGGCUCUAGCCUCCUUAACAACCCCAGCCUCUCUGUUCUGACCAAUGGGGUGGGCCUGACUACUGAACGAGACUGCACAGGUGGCUCAUGGGAUAUGGUGUCUCUGGGCGAAAUAGCCUUCUGGAGUCUCGAGGGAGGUGACACUCUCUCCUGCCCUGAGGAUGUGGCCACCGCUCUGCGGAUGGGGGCCACCCCCCACGCAGCAGGGCUGUCCAGGGCGGAGCGCUCGCCUGUCACCAAGCACCGAGAGCUGCCCACCAUCAGCGUCAGCAAGUCAGCCUCUUCCUCCAGCAAGUCGGAGACCACACACCUCACCCCAAAGUCUGACACCCACCUCAGUCCGCACAAAUCAAGCCCAACACAUGAGGUGGACACUGCCAGUGAAGUGGAGGAGCUGGACAUCGACGUUGCCCCGGCGCCGUACACAGCCAGCAGAGGAGCAGCAAAGCUUCAGGUUUUCAUUGCAAGAUACAGCUAUAAUCCGUAUGAUGGUCCCAAUGACAACCCUGAAGUGGAGCUCCCGCUCACUGCUGGAGAGUACAUCUACGUGUAUGGAGACAUGGAUGAUGACGGCUUCUAUGAAGGUGAGCUGAUGGACGGACGGAGAGGGCUGGUCCCCUCUAACUUUGUGGAACGCGUAUCGGACGACGACGUCAUGACCACUCACCAACCAGAGACAGGGGACAUGUCCCAUAACUCCCUGCUAGACAGCAGCCUGCACAGUGCCAGCCACCAGCAACACCUCCACCUGGGCGUCAGCGCCUCAGAAAGGACAGAGGCCUCUGCCACCUCUGGCCCCGCCUCAGCCCCCUCAGAUUCAGCAUCGGCCUUGGCUGUCCCAGCCCCCCUCACCAACGGCCUGGACUUGGAUUUGGAGGAGGUGGGAGUGGACAUUGUGCCUUACCCACGUAAGCUCACCCUCAUCAAGCAGCUUGCCAAGAGCAUCAUCAUCGGCUGGGACCCUCCGUUGGUGCCGGCUGGGUGGGGCAAUGUGUGGAGCUAUAAUGUGUAUGUGGACCAGGAGCUGCGGCUUAAUGUGCCCUUCGGUUCCCAGACCAAAGCGGUGCUGGAGCGGCUAGACAUAAACCUCAAGGCCUACCGCGUGUCAGUGCAAAGCCUGACGGAGAAGGGCCUCUCUGACCAGCUGCGCUGCAGCUUGCUGGUCGGUCGGGACGUUUGUGUGGCGCCCACGCAGCUGCGCGUGGAGAGGAUCACCGCCACCUCUGCCAACCUGACCUGGCUGCCCAGCAACAGUAACUAUGUGCACAUUGUGUCCUUGAACGAGGAGGAGUGUGAGCUGGUGAAGGCUGGCUGCUACUCGCUGUGCCUCAAUAACCUCUUGCCCAGCCUGCAGUACACAGUCAAAGUGGAGGCACGGCCGCACCGCACGCCAUGGGAGUUACCCGUGGAGCGGCGAGAACACAGAAGCGCUACAAUCACCUUCACCACCCUGAUGGCAGGUCCCCCCGAUGCUCCUCUGGAUGUGCAGCUGGAGCACGGUCCCUCUCCGGGGAUCGCCCUCAUCAGCUGGUUGCCAGUCACGAUAGAUGCUGCCGGGACCUCCAACGGAGUCCGUGUCACUGGAUACACAAUAUAUGCUGACAAGAAAAAGGUGCUGGAGGUGUCAUCCCCAACGGCCGGCAGCGCCCUGCUGGGCCCCUCUCAGAUCCAGUCCCUGCAGGCAGCUCAGGAGAUUACUGUCCGCACCAUGUCCGCCCACGGGGAGUCCUGUGACUCUUUUCCAGUCAAUGUGCCCUCCAAGCUGGGUGCCAUCAUGGCAGGUCCAGCUAUCACCACCCCAACUGUGCCACCCUUACCGUACACCCCUGCAGGUUCCACUAACCUGCCCUCGCCGCCGUCCUACGGGAACCCUGCUGCCAAAGUCUCCAUGCUGCCCAGCUCUUUGCCAUCAGACACUCACAUCGCUGGCCUCACAGUGGAGCCUGCUGCCAACCCUCCUCACGCUCUCCACUCCGAAGAUCUUCCCACAUCUGCCUCGUACGUGCAGGCCUGGGCAAACCCCUCUGCUGGCGCUGCCUUGGCUGCGCGUGAGGCCACAUUACCAGCAGCCUCCACCGUGACUCCAGUGGUUAAUGUGACCUCACCGCCCCUCUCAGCACCUCAACCAUCCCCAGUAGCAGCACCUGAACAAGGACUAGUAACGGCAGCAGCAGCAGCGGUGUUGGAGCAGUGCAGGAACACCGACAGCCCUGGAACUAUACGUCCUUUCCCAUCUAUCAAAGAGUUCAUCGAGGACCCCAGUGCCAGUGCCAAGCUCAGGACACCUGAGCGCAUCCCUUCCCCACCCAGAGCCCCAAUCGCAAACCUCCUUAACUCUCAGAACGUUAACAUCCUCCUGCCCCCCUGCCCUUCACCGCUGGAGUCGGAAAUAGACGAGGAGCGAGAGAACACUCGUUUGGUGUCCAUCGAGGAGUUCUUGAGACAGGACCAAGAACCGGCGUACGGUCGGACGCAGCAGAGUUACAGCAAAGGGCUGGUGGAGCCUCCCAGUGACUACCACGCCGACAACAGCCGUUCAGAUCUGUCUGACAUCCUGGAGGAGGACGAGGAGGACCUUUAUUCCGACCACCUCGGAGACGCACAGGCCAGGGGCUACACAGUGGGAGGCAACAGGGAGCCCAGCCAAAUCCCUCCAGCUGAAGCGGGUCCGUCACGGGCAGCCCAAGCCGAGCUCUCGUCUAAACCAGCAUGCUUGCAGGCCAGGCAACUCAAAGGUGGUGUCGAUUCACCACAGAUGAAAGGAGACAGUGACAUACGCAUCUUUGUGGCCCUCUUCCCUUACGAUCCUGCCACCAUGUCGCCCAAUCCUGAUGCUGCUGAGGAAGAGCUGCCCUUCACCGAAGGACAGAUCAUCAAAGUUUACGGAGAUAAAGACCCAGACGGGUUCUACCGAGGAGAGUCUGGUGGUCGCCUGGGCUUCGUGCCAUGCAAUAUGGUGUCUGAGAUCCAGGUGGAGGAUGAGGAGACCCGGCAGCAGCUGCUGCAGCGGGGCUUCUUAUCCACAGCGGCCUCCAUGGAGAAGAUAGGCACUCGCACACACGCACAGCUUCCGCGUCGUCCCGUCCCGCCGCCGAAACCGAGACGAUCCAAGAAAGUCGAGUCUGCGGCACUCUGGGAGGAGAGCGUAGACUCCUCCAGUCAAGAUCCCAGCCCGGCCACCUCCAGCAAAGCUGCGGGUAACCCAGCCCCAGGAGCUCGCAGGAUGGUCGCUAUCUUUGAUUAUGAUCCACGGGAGAGCUCCCCCAACACUGACAUAGAGGCCGAGCUGACCUUCAGUGCAGGAGACAUCAUCCAUGUGUUUGGUGACAUGGACGAAGACGGCUUCUUCUACGGAGACCUGAACGGACACAGAGGCUUAGUACCAUCCAACUUCCUGCAGGUGUUACCAGAGGAUCCUCCACCUGACCUCCACCCUGCACAGCCUGCACCAGAACCCAGGAAAGAGUCACAGGGUACCUGGACGUCGUCAGCAGAGCCACAAGAUCCUGGACCCUCAACCCUAGAAGAGGUUUUGCCCCCCGAAACAGAACCUCCCUCCCCCGACCCAACAGAGCACACAGACCCACAGCCCAAACCGGCAAGCCCCACGUCAAACCCAGACCCCGGUCUAGGUCCGGCUGCAGCGGAGGCCUGCAGCUCCCCUCCGGCUCCCCUCCCAGCGGCAGACAGCCCGCCACAGACAGACUGCUCGGCGCAAGGCAAGAAGAAGAGAGGCUUUUUCUCCAAAGGCAAGAGGCUGUUCAAAAAGCUGGGAUCCAGCAAGAAAGAAUGAGAGUCAGCACCGCCGCCUGACUCCAAAUAACUCGCGUCAUAUUGAAAGCACUUUUUUUUUUUCUAUCUUCACUGCGCGGUCCGUGGCCAUCAGAUCUAAUAAACUGAUGCUUUAUAAACGAUACAUUUGCCUUAGAGCACUGCUAGACCAGCUGUCAGAUUUAGAGUAAACAUCAGCUUACAGCACCACGAGAGCAUGCGGAGGAGCAUGUCGGAUAUAUUCUCGAAACACUUCCUAAUUAUCUAAGCAUUUGCAAGCGUGCGACUCAUUAGAGGCUUUAAUGCUCGAUGUAAAACAUGACUUAUCUCCCAGUGGGUCUGAUCUAUUUAUAACAAUCUGAAGAGGAGACGUCACGGCUAAUUAAAUAUUAGCUUUAAUAGUUCAUAUACUCGUGCCACUUUAUUGAUUAGACGCAAUGAACAGAAGCAGCAGUGUAUCUUCCUCUGUGUGACUAUAAAGAAUGCACUAUCCAUCCUGAAGGGACGCAUUUUAAACACGUCUGCUCGUCCCUCAUGUGUUUCUCGUCUUUAAGAGUAUUUAUACUUUGUACAGAACGUGUUAUUUAUUUAUGUAUCACGCCCUAACCAUCAUUAAUUGCAUGACAUCAGGGCUAGGUUAGUCACGUUAGAGCUGUCAGAGACAGCGGCUGUCCACGUCGUGUAGUUUAGAUUUAAUCUAAAGACGAGGUUUGAGGUUAACGUAUUGGUCGGUGUAAAGAAUGUGAAGGCUUGGCCUUCUUUGGUGUGCGUGUGUGUGUGUGUGUUUUGCGUGUGUGUGUGUGUGUGUGUGUGUGGGUGCGUGGGUGUAGAUAAAGCUGCCCAGUCCACUGGUGAAACUGACAAACCGAUGCCUUUCUCAGAAAUUUAACGUGGGAACUCUCGACGUUCGUGACCACAGUCUACGUGUCGCUGAGAGUGUGAGAGCUAACAAGGCCGCAACUAAAGCCAUUAGCAAUUGAUCAGCUUAAUCUGAUGAGUUCAGAACCCAAAGAUGAAUAAUAGAAACAUGUCGCAGCUGAGAGUUUGUGGAGGUUCUCAGUCGUCUUUCUUCAAGAAGAGUUCAAUCUGAGGCAGCCGGACUCGGUUGUAGAUCCGUGAAAACAUUUCAGUUCCCAUCUUCACCAAAAGUCCAGUUUCCCCCAGAUUUCUUUAAGGAAUCACAUCUGAGAAGCUACAGUCUAUCAAACAUUUACCGUUUAUACUACUACACCCGCCCCACCUAAAACCACAAACAAAAACCUCUGGGCGUUGGCAGCUCCAGCUAAUAUUCUAGUUUCAUUUAAUAUCCAGAUUCGUCAUCGAUAAUACCGACACUUAGCAGCCUGAUGUUAAAGUCUGCGAGUUUGAACUCAGUUGUUGGAUUGUGGCACUGUGACAGACUCUGCAAUAAGUUUGUUCAUGUAUCUUUUAUUUUGCCUCCGCGCCGAGUGUAACGAAGUCCGGCUCGUGGUGUGUGAACACGAAGGUCAGCCCACGUUCGCACACGUCGUUAAUCAGUUUGGUUAAAGCUAAAAUAACAACACAAGCGUGUACGGUAUCUUUUAAUGGCAUAUUUAAUAUGUAGUAUUCAGUUUUGAUGUGUGUGUGUGUGUGUGUGUGUGUGUGUGUGUGUGUGUGUGUGUGUGUGUGUGUGUGUGUGUGUGAGAGCAGGCCUUCAGUUCAGUCAGUUACAAACACAUGCAGUGAUUGUCGGCUCCGUCAGAUCAGAUCUUUGUGACACAGGGCUGUUAGGUAACUUCUCAGGUUUUUACUUGUAGUUUCUUAUUAACGCUGAGCCACCUGUUGACUCCAGCUGUCAGAAAACAAAAAAAACAAAAACACACACACACA